GCCCUGCCCCCUUCCCUCCCGUUUCACUGGGAGGGGGCACACCUGCUGGUGGAGGUGCCCCCUACACCAGCGAGGAAGCAGGGCAUGAGGACCAGCCUGGACAUUGCACUGGAGCCCCGGGGUUGGCUGUACUGGGCGGCCGGGCCCCCCUUCUCCCUGCGGUGAGCCCGGACCGGCGCGCUCACUGCGCAGACUCCCCGCUGCAGUGGGCGGAGCCCCCUCGAUCCCCGCCCCCGCCCGCCCGCCCCUGCUCAGCCUGUCGGGGCAGAAGCUGGGGCCCCGUGGAGGUAGCAGCAGCCGCCUGCCGAGUAAGGCCGAGGCCCCUCUGGGUUUGGAGACCCUGACACACCCACUUUCCCACUGGAAUCUGUAUAACCCCUGGCUGCCCAGCAAGAUGAAGCCUAAACUGAUGUACCAGGAGCUGAAGGUGCCUGCCGAGGAGCCCUCCAACGAACUACCCAUGAACGAGAUCGAGGCGUGGAAAGCUGCAGAAAAGAAGGCCCGUUGGGUCCUGCUGGUCCUCAUCCUGGCAGUCGUGGGCUUCGGUGCCCUGAUGACUCAGCUGUUUCUAUGGGAAUACGGCGACUUGCAUCUCUUUGGGCCCAACCAGCGCCCAGCCCCCUGCUAUGACCCUUGCGAAGCAGUGCUGGUGGAGAGCAUUCCCGAGGGCCUGGACUUCCCCAAUGCCUCCACGGUCAACCCCUCCACCAGCCAGGCCUGGCUGGGCCUGCUCGCCGGUGCCCACAGCAGCCUGGACAUUGCCUCCUUCUACUGGACCCUCACCAACAACGACACCCACACUCAGGAGCCCUCUGCUCAGCAGGGCGAGGAGGUCCUCCGGCAGCUACAGACCCUGGCACCCCGAGGUGUGAAGGUCCGCAUUGCCGUGAGCAAGCCAAGUGGGCCCCAGCCCCAGGCAGAUCUGCAGGCCCUGCUGCAAAGCGGUGCCCAGGUCCGCACAGUGGACAUGCAGAAGCUGACCCAUGGCGUCCUGCACACCAAGUUCUGGGUGGUAGACCAGACCCACUUCUACCUCGGCAGUGCCAACAUGGACUGGCGUUCCCUGACCCAGGUCAAGGAGCUGGGCGUGGUCAUGUACAACUGCAGUUGCCUAGCUCGAGACCUGACCAAGAUCUUCGAGGCCUACUGGUAUCUGGGCCAGGCGGGCAGCUCCAUCCCGUCAACCUGGCCCCGGCCUUAUGACACCCGCUACAAUCAAGAGACACCAAUGGAAAUCUGCCUCAACGGAACCCCUGCUCUGGCCUACCUGGCAAGUGCACCCCCACCACUGUGUCCAAGUGGCCGCACCCCAGACUUGAAAGCCCUGCUCAACGCGGUGGACAAUGCCCGGAGUUUCAUCUACAUCGCGAUCAUGAACUACCUGCCCACCAUGGAGUUCUCCCACCCGCACAGGUUCUGGCCUGCCAUUGACGACGGGCUGCGGCGGGCUGCCUAUGAGCGGGGCGUCAAGGUGCGCCUGCUGGUCAGCUGCUGGGGGCACUCUGAGCCAUCCAUGCGGGCCUUCCUGCUCUCCCUGGCUGCCCUGCGUGACAACCACACCCACUUUGACAUCCAGGUGAAACUCUUUGUGGUCCCUGCGGACGAGGCCCAGGCCCGAGUCCCUUACACCCGCGUCAACCACAACAAGUACAUGGUGACUGAACGUGCCACCUACAUCGGAACCUCCAACUGGUCUGGCAGCUACUUCACCGAGACAGCGGGCACCUCGCUGCUGGUGACGCAGAACGGGCGGGGUGGCCUGCGGAGCCAGCUGGAGGCCGUUUUCCUGAGGGACUGGGACUCCCCUUACAGCCAUGACCUUGACACCUCAGCCGACAGCGUGGGCAACGCCUGUCGCCUGCUCUGAGGCCCGGUCCAGCGGACAGGCCAGGCCUGCGAGGCCCCCGCGGGCGCGGGUGUUCCGGGUCUCAAUCCCUGUCCCCGUGCCCCCGCUUCUGUCUGCCCCGUCGUGGCUCCCACAGGCUCCCCCCCUGCUCUCCCGCUUCUACCUCCGCCCCCGCCAGCCUGAUGCUGUGGCCGCAGAGGACCCAGCCAAGCUGGGGGAGGGAUCAGCCCCCGAAGAAGUAGGGGUGCAUGCUGGGCCUGGCCCCCUGGCCCACCCCACUUUCCAGGGCAAAGAGGGCCUGAGGUCAUAAUAAGAAGUAAAUAACUUGUGUGUACAGCCUGUGCCUGACCGAGUGGUGUGAGGUGGGGUGCCGGGUAGGGGACAGCUGGCAUGGGCCUCUGGUGGGGACACCUUCACGCAUGCUGAGCCCUCAGCAUGUGACCAGUGUGGUUUGGUGUGUACUGGACGCUCAGCACGUGGCUGGUGUGUGCUGAGCCCUCAGUGGGUGACCAGCGUGGGCUGGCGUGUGCUGAGCAUGCGCGUGUGACCUCGAGGGCUGGCAUGAACCGAGCCUCACGUAGCCAGCAUGGCACAGCGUGUGCUGCACGCUCGGCACGUCCCCAGCCAGAUGCGCGCGUGCUGAGCCACCGCCAUAGCCCGAGGGUGGACUCGCACGUCUGGACACGAGAGCAUGUGCCAAGCGUGAAUUUACAUACACCUGCUGAGUGAACUUACACGUCGCAUGUCCCAAGCAUGGAUGAGUGCAUGCCAAGCCUGUCACGUGUGGCAAAGACAGCUCAACAGACGCUGAGAACCUGGCAUCGGGCAAGCUCAGACUGGCACCUGCUGAGCACCGAGAAUGUUCUGAGGGUGGAUUCUUACGUGCCAGGCACUGAGCAUAUUUAAGGGAUGGGUCAGUGUGCCAGGCACAGUCUCCAGCCUGAGCCAAUGGCUGACUGGGUGCAGCAUUAGAGAGCAGGGCCUGGGUGCCCCCCUGAACCCCACCCCCGUGCCAGUCCAGGCCUCAGGCAGGGAGGACAGGCAUGAGGCAGUACUGCUGAACAGUGCUUUAUUGAAAUAAACAGAGGCAGCAGGGCCAGUGGGGUGCAGCCCCCUUCCUGCGUCCCUCUGGCUGAGGGGGCCACGGGCCAGACCCCAAAACCCUCCUGUGUUCGGGGUGUGUGUGCAGGCAUGCACCGUGAGCGGGGCGGGGGGAAUGGGGUAUUUCUGGAUAAUUAUCUUUCUGUAAGAAUAAUCUGUCGGUUCAGGGGAUAGCUCUGAGGAGGGGAUGCCAGCCCCUCUAGCGCAUCACCCGGUGAUGGGCAGGGGUGGAAUCGCCAUCAGUGGUGCCCGCCGACAUGCUGCACAAAGCUGGUGGCCCGGGGUGGACCAUGCGGGUGGGUGUGGCGUGGUGGGAGCCCCUGCGCCCGUGGCCCCCCGACGCCCUCCAGGGUCCAGUCUGGCUGGCCCAGCCAUUCCCCAGGACAGCUGCUGAGGUCGAAGAACUCAUGGCCUGGCCUCUGUUGGGGAGAAGAGAUGGGCAUCAGCCAGGAAGUGCACCCCACCCCACCCCGGAACAACCACGCUGCCCCUCAUGGACUCCUGAUCCCAGCUGCAUCCUUGUCAAUUCCCGAGGACGAUUUUGUACAUCCUGAACCCCCAUCCCAUUUUGGAGGCUUAAA